AUGGACGACUCCCUCUUUGGGCAAGAAGCCGAUGCAAAAUCUGCCUAUUUGGUUGCCAUGAAAAAUCAUGAAAAAUUAUGGGCUGAGAAGUCAAGGAUUAGAUGGAUGAAGGAGGGAGAUCGUAACUUCAAGUUUUUUCACCUCUACACAAAAAUUAAGAGAGCCAAAAACACUACUCGAAGAGUCAAAAAAAUUGAUGGGUCUAUAAUUUCUGACAUAGAUAAUAUAGCUUGCUACAUGUCCAAAUUCUAUGAAGAUUUUCACAAGGGAGUUCCAGUGACAAAUCGUCUGGAUUUGCUUGAUGCUAUCCCAAGGCUUAUUGAUGAGGUGGAUCUUCUAUCUCAGGAUUCAAUCCCAGGUCCGAAUGAGAUAAAGCGUACAAUGUGGGAUCUGGACCCUGAGAGUUCACUAGGUCCAGAUGGCUAUCCUGGCUAUUUCUUUCGUUGCUGUUGGAAUAUUAUUUCUAGAGAUUUUGAAAGAGCAGUGGGUGAUUUCUUUACUUCCAGAUCGAUGCCACCGGGUAUGAACAACAACUUAUUAGUCUUAAUUCCCAAAAUCAACGGGGCUACGUCUCUUAACAAAUUCAGGCCUCUCUGCAUGGGUAAUUUCUUCUGUAAAAUAAUAUCUAAAAUUCUUGCAACUAGAUUGUCCUUCCUCCUCCCUAGACUAAUCUCAGAAGAACAGGGAGCUUUUCAGAAAGGGAAGCAUAUUCAUAACAAUAUUGCCUUGGCAUCCGAGCUGGCGAAUAUUAUGCAUUCUACUACAAGAGGUGGUGGGUUAAGAGCAAAAAUUGAUAUUCAAAAGGCCUUCGACACAGCCCAGUUGGCUACUUCGGAGUUGAACGGGGGCUUCGUCAAGGUGACCCCAUUUCUCCAAUAUUAUUUAUUAUUGCUGAAGAAGUUCUCUGCAGAGCAAUUAUGUCAGAAACUUGAAGAAUUUUAUCAGAAAGUACCAGGAGUUCUUAGGGCAGAUAGUGAACUUGGAAAAAAGCUAGCUAUUCAUGGGUACAAUAUCUUCUUCAAGGAAACAGGCUAUUGUGGAAACAAUGGAAAUCCUAGAAUGUAA